AAACAAAUACAUUUCACGUUGGUUUUUAAAUGACUAGCCACUGUCACACUUCUCUUAACUUCUUAACAUGUUUAUUCAUAUUAUAUUACUUUACCAUGUUGACAUAAAUGCAGCUUCUCACCAACCUUAACUCAUAUAACUCCAUCUGGAUUGUCGCUUCAGGUGAUAUAUGUCACCUGCUGCCUUCACACAAUUUUAAAGUACCUCUUAACUAUAAUAAACAUGCACUGUAAUGAUGACUAAUUCACUCACAUUAUAGAUCCAACGCAUUCAUCUGCUGCACGGUUGUUUCUAAUUGGCCUCGAGAGGCUGCUCGACGCGCAGGGUGUCAGCUGUCAAUCAAACAGCGUCUUUAUAACCAGCCGCACGAGCUGCAGCAUUGUGUCUCCGGACGAACCGGGAGACAGACGGGAGCUCUGCUGUGAUUAUCGAUUGUCAAUCAAUACCUUGAUGCGAUUAUUGUAAUUAUCUAUUGCUUUUGAGCACUUCAAUUUUGCGAAAUCUGGUUUUCUUCUUCUUCUUCUUCUUCUCCUGGCUGCCUCUUAUUUCUCCUCAUAAUAUCUGACUGUCUUAUUUGAGUGUGGACAAGAUGGAUAAGUGGAGUGGCAGCAAUGCGACCGCGGGGAACAGCUCCGGAGACAAGUGGCCGUCCAAUGAGCGAGGCUCCCGGCAGCUCCUGGAGCCCGGCGGGGAGCUGCGGGUCCUGGUCCCGGCUCUGCUCGGGGUCCUGUGCGUCCUGGGCGUGGCCUGUAACCUCACCGCCGUGGGCAUCUUGUUCUCCAGCGCGCACCGGGGCAAACUGUCGCUCAUCAACUCGCUCAUCUUCAACCUGAUGCUGGCCGACGGGCUGGUGCUGGGGCUCGCGGUCCCCUUCAGGGCCGCCUCCUACUCCAAAGCCGGCUGGCCCCUGGGCUGGGCGCUCUGCAAGACCUCCGACUGGUUCCUCCAGUCCUGCAUGGCGGCGAAGAGCUUCACGCUGGCCGUGCUGGCCAACGCGUGCUACCGGUACGUGUCCAACCCCACCAAGCAGGUGAGCAUCCGCCUGGGCUCCAUCCUGGUGGUGUUCCUCCUCCUCUGGCUGUGCGCGUGCUCCGUCACCGUCCCUCACUGGCUGUUCGCCACGCUGCAGAGGGCCGUCGGCGGGGGGCUGCCGCUGUGCGCGCAGCUGGUUCCCCCUGAAGCCCGGGACUUCAUGGCCGUGUACGCCACCGCCUACCCGCUGGGAGUCUACUGCGCGCCCCUCAGCGUCGCCCUGGUGUUCUUCUGCAGGGCGUACCGCCGGUGCCAGCAGCGCUCCAGUAAGACCCAGAACAUGCGCACCCAGAUCCGGUCCAAGAAGCUCACCUUGAUGCUGUUCGGCCUGACCGUGGCCAUGGCGGUGCUGUGGCUCCCGCAGUGGCUGCUGUGGGUUUGGGAGCGUCACGUGGCAGAGAGGGAACUGGAAGGAGCUCAGCCCGUCGUCUCCUCUCUUCCUCCUCUCCUCGUCCUCUCCGCUCAGCUGCUCACCUUCUCUCUGUCCCUGGUGAGCCCUCUCAUCGUGCUCUCUCUCUCCGAGGAGUUCCGGGAGGGCUACCGGGGUCUGUGGAGGCGCCUCACGCUGCGCAAACAGCCGCCACCGAAGCCCAAACCCGGGCCGCACACCCCGACGUCCCUCCAGUCGCCUUGCCCCAGACCGGAGACCUCCGGCCAGGGUCCCAGCAGAGAGGCUCAGCCGGGUCGAGGAGGAGGAGGAGGAGGAGGAGGAGGAGAGAUGGACGCAGACAGGCUGAGCCUCAAAGAUGGGCUUGUUCUGCCUGACGUGGAGCAGUUCUGGCACGAGAGGGAGUCCGGGUCUCACACAGAGGGGAAUGACCCGGUUCCGUGGGAGCACCAGAACACAUGAGCCGCGGUCACCUGCAGCAGCAGCAGCAGCUCCAGAUGAGACGAGAGGCUUCUGUGUGUAUUCAGUGAACUGUGGUUGUAUUGUUCAGAGGGUGAGACCGAGUCGAACAUGUUAUCUGUUCAUAUGAUGAACAGGAUUCAUAAUAUUGUCUUUUAAUUGUGUUUUUACUGUUUAAAGAGGAAUAACUGUCCAUGAAAGGCUCUGGGAAGGAUGGCAAUUUGAAUUCAAUGCACAGUAAUCUAUAUCCAUUUUCAGUAGUGUGUGAAUUAACAUGGGAUAUUACAGAUUUAUUGAAUUACACUCCUUUAUUUUAAGUAGUUGAUGUGUGAGAAUCCAACGGGAAACAUCUUAAACGUCUUAAUUGAAGACGCUAACGGCGACGUGUCAUUUGCAAUCAUCGCUUCCACGUGUCGCCUUUGGGUGUUGGUGGUGAUGAUGAGGUGGUGAGAGAUCAUUUUGUAUUCAUUGUGCAUCCAUGACCUGCGUUUACAAUAAAGACAAUUAUAUACAUGC